GCCGCCAUCUUUACUCCAUCCCUGCACAGCGCUGCCGGUGGGGCGGAACAGCACUCAUCGACCCAGUUCAUUUCUUAGGAUCCAGCUGCUAGACCUAGCUCGCACUACCGUGUUUUUUCCUGAAGAAUUGUCAUUUUUAAUAGUUCGCUAAUUUACCCGCAUCUCGUUACCACCAUGGGAGAACGGGAGGACCUCGUUUAUCAGGCGAAGCUGGCCGAGCAGGCAGAGCGAUAUGACGAGAUGGUGGUGUCUAUGAAGAACGUGGCCGGUAUGGAUGUGGAGCUCACAGUGGAGGAGAGAAACCUUUUAUCAGUGGCCUACAAGAAUGUGAUCGGUGCUCGGAGAGCCUCCUGGAGGAUAAUCAGCAGUAUCGAACAGAGGGAAGAGACCAAGGGCGGAGAGGAUAAACUGAAGAUGAUCCGGGAAUACAGGCAAACGGUGGAGAACGAGUUGAAGUCAAUCUGUGGGGAUAUUCUGGAUGCACUUGAAAGGCACCUACUUCCCUCUGCUGUAAUGGGAGAGUCGAAGGUUUUCUACAACAAAAUGAAAGGUGACUACCACAGGUACCUGGCAGAGUUUGCUACAGGCAACCACAGAAAGGAUGCAGCAGAGAAUAGCCUGGUAGCCUACAAGACCGCUACGGAUCUAGCCCUGUCCGAGCUGCCACCCACACACCCCAUUCGCCUCGGACUCGCCCUCAACUUCUCUGUGUUCUACUACGAGAUCCUCAACUCGCCUGACCGCGCUUGCAGGUUGGCAAAGUGUGCAUUUGAUGACGCCAUCACAGAACUGGACACACUGAGUGAAGACAGCUACAAGGACUCAACACUUAUCAUGCAGUUGUUACGUGACAACCUGACACUAUGGACUUCAGAUAUGCAGGGAGAGGCAGAACAAGAACAGAACAAAGAGGCACUGCAAGACGUUGAGGACGAGGCGGCCCAGUGAGACUACGCCACCUACAGCCAACAACCUGAGACCCUCCCCCCCCCUCACCUCCUCACACUCCUCCUCCUCCUCUCUACUGUCAUCCUCCUAAACUCCUCAUCUUCCUCUUCUCUUUUCCUUUUCUUCCACCACUCAGCUCCUCGACCCAGCAGGGCCGCGGAGUUAACAACUUUAUUUUUCUCUUCUUUUUUAUUUUUAUAUUAGCCCUUACAGCAUUGAAGUAAAAACACCACUUAAUGAGACAGGAAAUACAACGUUAGAAAGACGGGGGGAUAAAGAGUCCCUGGAUCGUUGUUUUUUUUUGUUUUUUUUUUGUCCUGGUACAAGCGGUUCUGAAAUGUUAUCUUUGUUCUCAUCAUUGUAUUUUUUUUUUCUUCAAUAUUUUUAUCAGUUGCUGGAUGUAAUGAGAAUUUUUGUUUCUUAAUGUAAUUACAGAAAUUAACUUUUAUUACUGAAAAUAUGGAGGUUUAGUUAUGGGAGCUAUUUUAUCUGUUUUUAGUGAAAUGUCAUGCAAAUCAUUUUAGCGUUUGAAGGGCAGUUUGGGAGAGUUAAGUGCCCUUUUUGUGAACGUAGGUUUUCAGAGGAAGUUGGCAGAGUUUGGCGAUAUCCACGUGGGGCAAAGACGUGCUUAACUUUUACACCAUGGUGAUUCUGUUGUCAUGUUUUUGUAGUUGUCCUUGGACUGUACUUUGUGCUGAAAUACUGUAACUGUGCACACAUGCUGAAGCUCUGGAGGUCAACCCAUCAAAGCUAAAUGAAAAACUUGAUUUCUCACCCAUGUGAAAGACGAGUCUCAGAUCGGCCCGGGUGCUCCACAGAGAGCUCUUACAUCAGGAGUGCUUGCAUGAGUUAUCACAUGUUCUUUUUCUGCUGCUUCCCCCCUAAUUUUGACUAAAAAAGCUCCUCUAGAUUCAGAGGUUUUCUUUCUUUGCUGAUUUUUCUUUGUUUCUCGUCUUGUUUCGCUUCAUUAUGUGUAACUUGGAGCUGAUUUGUACUACUGGAUAUCUGACUGAAGCCACAGACAGGGAAUCUGUAUCGUUUUGACUGAAACACAGCAUGGAAUUAACAUUAAACAAUCUAAAUUAAACAUUACAAACCGA